UCUGUGAUUCUGUCGCACGAAUCUUUUUCUACUUCUUCGUCCUCCUCUUUUCUUGCUGAAACAACCGUUGAGGAGUUCCGAGAGAAGGACGACACUUUUCGAGCUCAAACAGAAAGCAAAGGUAAGGAAGUAGUAGCAGUAUUGCAUGAUGAAGAUGCUCGUGGCUCAUCAGGUGGUGCAGCAAAGAAACAAGAACGUAACGCCAAAGAGCGUCUAAGGAGGAUGAGACUUCAUGCCUCUUACCUCACCCUCGGCACUCUUCUUACUGAUCAUUCUUCUUCCUCCAAGAAGAAAUGGUGUGCACCGUCUAUAAUGGAUAGAGUGGUCACAUACAUUCCUAAGCUACAAAAUGAAGUUGAAGAGCUAACUCUCAGAAAGAAAAAACUUGUAGAAGCUAUAGAGAGCAAGAGGCGUCAGGAAUUGGAGCGGCAAGAUCAUCACCCUCGAGCAAUCUCGGUUCUUGAAUUGGGGGAAUCAGGUGAUGAGGCUGUUGUGCAGAUAAGCAUGGAAACGGAAAAAGAAGACGAGUUCUCAAACUUGCUUCACGUAAUGGAGAUGCAAGGUUCCAGUAUUUUAAGUGCUUCUACUUCUCUAGUGUGCCGAGACCAAAAGGUGGUUUGCUACAACUUCCAUGUUAAGAUGGAUGGGAAGCCAUGUGAAGGUGAUGACUACAUCACAGUGCUGAAGAACAACAUCAUUUCUUUGCUCUCUGACAACACAAGAUGCAAAUGAAAUUAAGUGACAUGAAUAUGGAAUAAGCUUUGGUGACGCAUCUUGCAAUAUGGACUUUCCUAGUCUUGGUUGUGUAAUUAAUCUGGUGUUUGAAGUCUCAAUCAUACCUAUGUAGAAAUGUUGUGUUUAUCUCCAUAUACUAUAUACAUACCCAAAAGUCCAAAACCAUGAUUCAUAAAUAAAUAUGUUACAAGUUUUGUUCCCC